UCAUAUAUUUUGUUCCAUAUAUAGUGUUUUACAUAUUAUUACAAGGCAUUAUAUAACAUAACAUUUUAAAUAUUUUCUUGAAGUUUCUUUUACGUUAGGGGAACUCACAUUAUUUUUUUACCAAUAAGUUUGGCUCUUUUAAUUUUUAUACUCCGGUCACACUAAAAAAGCUCAUAAGGGCCAAAGUUUGUUUAUCGUUGUCUUUCGGCACUUUAACCAUAAAAAUGAGCUCUAUUAAAAUUGAAUUUGCAGUUCAGAUGCCCAAAGGCGAUGAAUCCUACGCCACAGCUCUAUAUUCGGCGCUGGAUGGGGUGGGUCAAGUGGAAAUCGACACACAAGAAGGCAGAGUGAUUGUCCAGACCCAACGACCUUGGUCAGAGAUACAAGAUAAGAUAGAAGCCACCGGAAGGAAGGCCGUGCUCUCAGGUUUCGGCGGACAGUCCGCCGUGGCCCUCAUCAACACCACCGGCAGUGUUGUAGACAAAACACCUAUCCAAGGAGUUGUCCGCUUUACCACUAUCACGGCAAAGGAGCCCGGAGUGGUGGUGGAUGGCGUAGUCGAUGGACUAACACCUGGCCUACAUGGAUUUCAUAUUCACGAGAGCGGGGACACCUCUUCCGGCUGUUUGUCUGUGGGAGAUCACUACAAUCCCCGCCAGUCGCCACAUGGAAGCCCCACAGCUGCAGCGGAGGAGCGCCAUGCUGGGGAUUUGGGCAACAUUCGAGCUGAUGAGAGUGGCAGGGCAACCUUUAGGUUUGUAGACCCAGUCCUGGAGGUCUGGGAUAUUAUUGGAAGGGCUGUCGUUCUAACAGCCAAUCCAGAUGACCUGGGAUGUGGUGGAAACAAACAGAGCCUGGUCGAUGGCAACUCCGGGGAGAGGAUUGCCUGUGGUAUAAUUGCCCGUUCGGCGGGCAUCUUGGAGAACUUCAAGAGAAUCUGCGCCUGCGAUGGAGUCACCCUUUGGGAUGAGCGAAACAAGCCGCUGGCUGGCAAGGAGCGCUCACAAAAGCUUUAGUUGUGUAUUCCUUUGUUGACCAUGUAAAUAAACGUAUUUUUUGUA